AUGGCGCUCCUCGCUGAGGCGUUUGUGGGUGCGGCACCACCCUCACUUCCGGUCGCGAGGCUCGCCUCAAAGCCUGGACCUGCCACGCAAGUUCCGGAGCGAGGCAUGCCGUCGACGCUUGCAGCAGCUGCCGCAGCCUUUGUGGCGGGUGUGGUGGCCAAAAGGCGGACCGCAGUGACAAUGCAGGCAACUUCCACCAAGGGCAAGAAGAAGUCCUCCCGGAGCAUCGCGAAGGAGACACUGGCAAGACUGCGCUCCCGAUCACCUCGAAAAACUCCCAAGUCGGAGGGCGCGCGCAAGAAGAUGCCACCUUCACCGGAUCCUUGGGAGCUGGACGAGGAGGGGAGGAAGAUCUUUCCUUGGCCAAAGUCCUUCGCUGAGAUUGUGCAGACAGCUGAGUACUCGACCAUGAAUCUCAUCAUGGAAGGGGAGACUCGACUUGAGGUGUGCUUCCCCCCACUCCCACUGGCCGACCUGGACUGGAACCUUUGCGAUGUCACAGAAACGAGGGUGGUCGAUGCCAACAUUCAGCAUGCUAUUGCCUUCGCGAAGCUUCUGGUCAAGGAUAAGCGACCUUUCCCACAGCUGAAUGCUGAGGAGGCAAUGAAGAACGCAACUGAAGGAGCUGCCUUACAAGAACCAGACAAGAUCAAAGGGCACGCCCAGUGCGGUAUUGUCAGCCAGAUUGUGGGCCGGCCUUUGUAA